AUGUUCUCCAUGGGCGGCGCCUCGCGCGCGUCGCAGCUGUCGUCGAGCCUGGUGGCCGCAGUGCUGGACGGAAACGCGAGCAGCGUCAAGGCGCUGCUCAAGCAGGGCGCGGAUCCGUGCACGCGGAUCCCGAACGGACCUCCCCUGCCCGUAUACGCAGCAGGGUACGGGAACCUCCAAGUGCUGCAGCUUCUCGCGGAAAACAAGCGCGUCAAGGCGGACAAGCAGCUCGCGCUGGGAAUGCUGGUUGCCGCCACUGAACGCAAGCAGGUCCAGGUCGUCGAGUGGCUCCUCAAGAAGAAGAUCUCGCUCAGCGUCAUCAACGGCCUCAACCUCCACGGCAAGCAUUCGCUCUUGCUAGCUAUCGAGGCGAACGACACGCGCCUCGCGCAGGUCCUCAUGACGCACGGCGCCGACACCAACUUCCGCAUGUCCGAUGGUACCACGAUGCUGCACUGGGCCGUGCUGGCCGACUCGCGCGAGGUCGUGCGGCUCCUCGCGUCCUGGCCGCGCACGGAGCUCACGCCCGACGCGUCCGGGUUGACGGCCUUGCACAUCGCGGCGGGCCAGGGCAACGCGCAGGCGCUGCAGAUCCUUCUGGGGAAGUUCGGCGACAAGGUGGACGCGCCGCUGGCGGACGGGCGAACCCCGCUGGCGCUGGCCGUGGCGAACGACCACGCGGAAGCGGCGUGCGUGCUGCUGGCGCACCGCGCCGGCGGCGGGCAGCGCGGCGGGGGGGCGUGCAUGCCGGGCGGCCGGACGCCGCUCGCUUUCGCGGUGGAGCGGCGCGCGUGGGACAUGGCGAUGGCGCUCGUGCAGCGCGGGCGCGCGGACCCUGCGCAGCGCGACGCGCGCGGCAGCACGCCGUUUCACGUCGCGUGCACGGCGGGCCACGCGGCGCUCGCGACGGCGAUGAUGGCGAGCGCGAAGGGCGUGUGCAAGGUGCUCGACGCGUCCAGCAUGACGGGCCUGCACAUCGCGGCGAAGCUCGGGCACGCCGAGGUCGUCGCGGCGAUCCUCGGAGGCUCCAACUCCCCCGGGGAGGUGGCCAAGCUGCAGGGGCCGGGGGGGCACACGGCCGCGCACUUCGCCGUGGCAGGGGACCACGUGGCGUGCAUCGCGCAGCUCGCGAAGGCCGGUCCGAAGGCGUGCAACGUCCCCAACGGGUGUGGAGACACCCCCCUGCACUUGGCCGUCCAGCAGGGCCGCCUCGAGUGCGCCAAGGCGCUCGUGCGCACCGCCGGCGUCGACCCCGGCAAGCAGUCGCCGCACCUGCUGGCGACCGCGGUCGCGUCCGACCGCGCCGACGCGGUGGCGUGCGUCGCCGUCGACCUGCAGUGCCCCCUCGCGCCCACGCCCAUGACCGGCUCGGGCCUCCCCGUCUGCCAUGCCGCCGCCGCGCAGGGCCGCCACGACCUCCUCGCGGGCGUGCCGCUGCCUGCGCUGCAGCGGCUGCUCGCGGCGCGGUCCAAGCCUGACGGCAGCACCGCGCUGCACCUCGCCGCGGAACGCGGGCAGGUCGAGACGGUCGGCUUCCUCGUGCGGCAGUGCGGGCAGGAGGUCGACGCGCGGGACGACCAGAAGCAGACGCCGCUGCACCGUGCGGUCCUGGGAUGCCACGCCGGCGUCGUGUAUGUACUUGCGGAACUCGGUGCGGGGCUGGAGGCGCGCCGGAAGGACGGACGGACGCCGAUCGAGCUCGCGCUGUCGAUCUCGCGGCCGGACAUCGUGGACGCGAUCACGGCGGCCGCGCACGCGCUCCACCGUUCGAGCGCAAGCGGUGCCGCGCCGUCGCCGUCGCCGUCGCGCGGGACGCGCUCGAACCGCUCGACGCGGACGGGGGUCGAUGCGAACACGCUGUUUGCGGCCGAAAACGCCGGAUCCGCGUCGCUGCGCCACUCCGUGCCCACGGCGCUGCCGGGAAUGCGCAUGCCCGCGCUCGCGUCCCCCUCCGCACGCCUAGCGUCGCAGGCGACGCUGGACCGCCGCGCAGCACAGAUGCACCAAGAGGCGCUGCGCGAGGCCGCGCCGUCCGGGUCCGGCAGCGGCGCCGGCUCCACGCACGCGGCCCCCAGCACCCCGCAGCGCGACGCCGGCGCCGCCUCCCCGCCUGCGGUCGCACCGCCGCUCGCGAACCUCAGGAAGAAGACGCACAUCCUACCGAGCGGCUGCGUGCGCCUCGUGCGGCCCUUCGCGCGCGGACACGGCCUCAACACGGAGAUGUGGCUCGGGGAGUUGGUCGCCGCUGACGGCGCCCACGAGGUCGCCGUGAAGCGGUUCGACCUCGGCGCGGCCCCCACGGAGGCGGCGCGCUUCCACCGCGAGCUGGCCGCGCUCCGGGACGCGUCGGAGCGCUGCCCGCGCUCGUGCCGCCUCCUCGGGCUAGCGCGCGACGGCAGCCGUAUGCUCCUCGUGAUGCAGCUGUACGGCGCGUCGGUGCUCGAGGUGCUCGAGGGGCGCGGCGGCGGGCUGCCGGCGGCGCUGUUCCUGCACUACGGCGCCGAGCUCGCGCGCGCCGUUCACGAGCUCCACAGCGUGCAUCUGAUGCACUUUGACAUCAAACCGUCGAACGUGCUGCUGGACGAGCGGGGCCAGCUGGUGCUGUGCGACUUCGGGCUGUGCGUGCGCGACGCGAACGCGCUCCGCGAGAGCGAGGACGUGUGGGGGACUAUUGGAUACGCCCCCCCGGAGUGUAUCGACCUCGACCAGCGACACAAGGCGUGCCAGCGGAGCGACUGCUGGGCGCUCGCGGUCACGCUGCUGCACAUGCGCACCGGGAGGGACCCGUGGGCGCCGGAGGGCGGGGCUGCGGCGGCGCAGUGGGGGGAUCUGUUGCAGCGAGUCGGACUCAGGAAAGAGAGUCCCCCGAUCCCGGCCGGCCUGCCGCCGCGCGUCGAGGACGUGCUCAAGCGCUGCUUCCUCGCCGACCCUUGGGCGCGCCCGAGCGCCGAGGCCGUCGCCGCCGCGUUCGAUGACGCCGCUAGGGACCUAGGUGCACGCCCCACGCCCCCCGACCUCAGGGCGCUCGUCGCGCCCGCCAGCAUCGCGCCGCCGGCGACGACGCAGCCGCCGCCGCCGCCCAGCGACCAGCGAGCCGGCGCGGCGCCACCGGCGCGGCGCGCGCCCCGUCGGCUCCCCGGUGCCGACGCCGCGCCCGCCGCCAUCCGCUCGCGCGCCCGCCCCGGCGCCCGCCGCGGCCAGCGCGCCCCCCGCCGCGCCGGCCACGACCACGCCGGAGGCGCACGACCCCUUCGCGGGGAGCUCCGCGGAGGCAAGCGGCACGGAAGCCACGCAGGGCCUCGCGCCCGACCUCGCAGACCUGAUGACGCUGGACGUCCGGAAAUCCAUCAGGGCGAGGUCCGGACAGGACGAGGGCUCCUCCUCCGCGAGCGCCCGCGCCGGGGACGCGCCGGAGGCGGAGCCGACGGACGUGCCGCAGGUGGAAGAAGACUUCGACGAGGUGCUUGA